AUGUCAGGAGAAAAUUAUACCAUUGUUAUGGAAUUCAUACUUCUAGGAUUUUCUGUCAUUCCCAAACUCCAAGGGUUUAUAUUUGCAGUAUUUUUAAUCAUGUACAUGAAUAUCCUGGUGGGGAAUGGUCUUAUCAUUGCAGUAACCAAGACUGAUGCAGCUUUACAAACACCAAUGUACUUUUUCCUUGGGAACUUUUCCUUUUUGGAAAUCUGCUAUACCUCAGUCAUAUUCCCCAAAUUAUUAACAAACUUUUGGUCCCAUAACAAAAAUAUUUCUUUCUUGGCUUGUGCUAUACAACUUGGCUUCUUUCUAGUCCUUGGUAGCACAGAAUGCCUCCUCGUGGCUGUGAUGUCAUAUGAUCAUUAUGUGGCCAUUUGUAAGCCAUUGAACUAUCCUCUCAUCAUGAAUCACAAAUUUUGUGUCCAACUGGUGGUGGUCUCUUGGAUCAGUGGGAUCCCAGUUCAAACAACUCUGACAUAUCUGGUUUCCUCUUUACCCUUCUGUGGUUCAAAUAAACUCAAUCAUGUUUUGUGUGACAUUCCCCCAUUACUGAAAUUAGCCUGUGGGGACACAUCCACAACUGAGUUAUCUGUCUAUAUUGUGGCUGUGCUAUUUGGCAUGAUUUCCUUUCUACUGAUACUAUGGUCCUACAUUAAAAUCAUUACUGUAAUUCUGAAACUUCCAUCAGCUACAAGUAGAUACAAAGCAUUUUCUACUUGCUUUUCCCACCUUAUACUUGUGAGUUUAUUCUAUGGGUCUAUUGCCAUUAUGUAUUUGCGACCAAAAGCUAGUCACUCAGAAGAAAUUGACAAAGUGCUCUCUCUUUUCUAUACCAUUUUAACACCAAUGUUUAAUCCUAUGAUAUAUAGCCUAAGGAACAAGGAUGUCAUUACUGCACUAAGAAAAUUAUUACUGAAAUAA